CGCUCCUCGUUUCGCCACACUUCCAUCCACUCCCCUGCUUCCUCAUUAGCUCAAGUUUCUUUCAGCUCCCCCUAUUGUGCCUGUGUGUGUGUGAGAGAGAGACAGAGUAGCCUUGCCAUGGGGAAGAAGCAGAGCGGCAACGGCGGCGUGGAGAAGGUGGCGGCAAGGGAGUUCUCGCUCAAGGUGGCGAUGCACUGCCGGUGCCACGGGUGCACGGACAAGCUGCGCGCGGCGGUGCGGGACCUCACGCUGGCGCCGGGGGUCGAGGCGGUGGACCAGGCCGCGGCCGAGGCCACGGGCGAGGUGCGCGUGCUGGCCACGGCCGACCCCGAGCGGCUCCGCAAGGGCCUCCGCAAGGCCACCGGCAAGAAGGUGGACCUCGUCUUCCCGCCCGCCAAGGAGCGCAGGAAGGGGGAGGGGGAGGACGCCCGGGCCGCCGACGCCGCCGCCGUCCAGGCCCUGCUCGCCGACCUGCAGCUGCACCACCAGUACGGGGGCCAGGCGGCGGCGCGUCACCAGUACGGGGGCCAGGGCGCCGCGGCCGCCGCGUGGGCGGCCAGCCAGCAGCACCAGCAGCAGCUGCUCGGCCUCGGGGGCGGGUGGAACGGCGGCGGUGCUGCCGGGGGCUACGGCGCGGCGUACCCGUGGCAGCCCUCCUCUGCGGCCUCCUACUACCCGGCUGCGCCCGCCGCUGGUGCUGGUUGGGGCGCGUACGGCGGCUACGGGUACGCUCCUCAGGCGCAGGCUCCGGCCCAGGGCCACGGCGGCUACUACCGCGCCAGCUCGCCGGCGUGGCACGGCCAGGGCUACUGAUCGGUCGACAGUGUGUGACCGCUCGACGUGGGAUCAUACCGGAGCAGCAGAUGACGAUGGCAUACACUCCAUAUGCGUACUCCUUUUGUGGUACUAGUAGACUAGUAGCAUAUCUCAGUUCAGUUAAGUUAAUUGGUAGUAGCAAUCGGCCGGAUGAUCGAGCGGUGGUAGUAGUAGCAGCGAUCGAUGCUAAAUCCAGGGAGCAGAUAUACUACUGCUUCCUUUGUUCUUCGUUCAUGUAUAUUUUGCGGUUGAGUGAUUGAGUUCCCUAUAUAUGCAUAUGAAAAUCCUUGGAGUUUCUACUGAA